AUGUCUGACGACGCUCAGCACUGUUCGUUCGUGCUGCUCGCUGACUUCGACAUCGACCGUGGUGCCCAGCUCACCUACCAAUUCCCACAGCCUCUGGGGACCGAUGAAGGCCUGCUCGCCAACCUGAUGCUCCCGGACGGUGCGGAGAAGCAGCCGGAGGACUGGACGAUUUUCUUCCUAAACCAGACGCCAUUCAACACUAUUGCACCUGUCCUCGCUCUGGAGCCAUCACAUCCGGAUUUCGAUAUUGACGGUAUAUAUGAGCCUGACGUAUCGACCGAUCAGCCAGAACUGCUAUAUGUGCUGAAUCUGGUGCGGACGAAGUUGGAUAAGACGGCGCGGAGGGGGGCCGUUGUAAAGGCCAUGGCGAUAUGUACGCGGCAUCCCUUCAUUCAGAUCUUCAAGCCCGUGCUCCUUAUGGCCUUGGACGACUAUUUCGCAAACCCAUCUCAGGAUUGCUUGUCCCGGCUAUUCGACGCUGUCAACUCUAUGGACAUUUCCAUGGUACCUGUUUUAACCAGGCACGAGAAGCUCAUUAUGCGCACAUCUGAACGGAAGGACGUCUUCCUGGAGAAGUUUGAGGAUUAUCUACAAGAGGUGAAUGGGGAUUCGGGGAUUGCGAUCCAGAAUGCGCAAGCAACACCAUCGACGGUCCGGCAGACGCACCGGAAGAGCGCAUCGACAGAGUCGCAGGGCAGCUCCGAUGGGAAGAUACCGUGGCGUAACGGCGUGCAUGAGCAGGAGAGUGAGUGGGGACGCGAGAAGGAUCUGGUGCGGUCGGACAGUCUGAAGGCGACUGCCCAGAUACGUAAGCAGUACUCUCCCUCGGAGGCAUCCUUCUCGCUGGAUGGCAGCGCGGUUUGGGUGGGGAAUGAGAGUGGGUUGGACCAGGUUGGGCCUGGGAACGGCAAUGGCAACGGCAACGUCCCGUAUCGUGGCCGGUCAUCGACCGAUGCGUCCUCGUCCUCGUCGCAGGGCCUUCAUGGCCGACGAGACGAUCCCACCGUGGCGCCAGCUGCCGCGAAUGUGGGCAUGAACGCGCUCAAGGACACUCACUUCUUUCCCGCUAUGGUUGAUUUCAAUGACCACCAUUUGCCCAUCAAGAUACCCUUGUCGACAUUUCCAGAAGAAGUGGGCGAUUACUCACUCAUCCAACUAGUGCAAACAUUCUCGGGACCGACUGCGUCGCUGAGUGGACCGAUCCAUCCUCAUUUGCAUACCAACGGCGCUAUGACGCCGGCUAUAAUCGUACUGUUCAACGCGCUUGUCACAGCUAAGCGGAUAAUCUUCUUGGGACAUCAUAGACCCGCGGGACAGGUCUCCAGCUACGUCCUCUCAGCAUGUGCGCUUGGUUCAGGCUGCGGCACCAUAUUGAGAGGGUUCAUCAGGCGAGCGUUCCCUUAUGCGAAUUUGACUAAUCGCGAAGAGUGGGAAUCAAUACCUGGGUUCAUCGCUGGCGUCACGAACCCUAUUUUCGAACAUUCCGGCGCAUGGGACCUCCUAUGUGACGUUGGUUCCGGGCGCAUGGUUGUGUCCAAAGAUAUUUAUGCCAACUACCCGACAAAUCCAAUCUUCUCUCAAGGCCCAUUGAUUAUGCGCACGGGUACGCUUCGAGCGGAGGGAUCCGCUGGGAGUGAAGAGGAUGUUGGUCGCCCGAGCAGAGAUAUCGCCGCACCUCAGAAGGCGGAGCUGUCGGGCAAGGCAGAUAGUUCGGAUAAUUUGUUCAUGGAAGAUAUUCUGUCAGCUAUAGCGUCACACUAUGGUGAGGCGCAUGUCCGAGCAAGGUUCACUGACUACGCUGCCCGCUUCGUCCGACUCUCUGCGCGGUAUGAAGAAGAUACUAUGGGGUCAACCAUGAUUGGUUUCCCUAGCUCUUCUUACACGGAGCGACCAGGUGAACCAAGGCGAUUGGGCGGUGGGAUUGGGUUCGUGGAUGAGGCAACGUGUGCCCGAGAGCUGGCCGCAAACGCUAGCAGAAUAGAAGCUUGGCGGAGAACAGAGAGUUACACGCUCUUCCAGAUCGAUUUUCGUAAGGCACUGGGUACAGACCCGAUCCAGGGCUUUGAUGUCCUGCAUCAGCUAUGGCGACUGCGACAUGCAAGAAAUAUGCCAAAUGGCGAAGCAGAACUGAUAAUGCGAAGUAUUGCAGAGAGCGUGAGAACGUAUGACCAAGUCACACAGCUGCUAUCCUUGAUGCCUCCACACCAGAACGGCCUGUUAUCAUUAAGUUUUGGCUUAUUCCACCAACAAGAAGUGGUACGGGAGCUCACUAUCGACAUAUUUAAUGAGCUGCGGACAUAUCCGAUUGGGGUGCAAUUCUUGCAGGCGCUGAACCACUUCCAACGAUACGCCUACGUCAGGCAGGCGCACGCCCGGGAAGCGCGGCUGCUCAAAGAUCAAAGUACCCUCAUGAUCCCGGCUCCGCCUCAGAUCUCGCGAACUCCUUCAAAUCGAAGCGACUCUAGUAUAGUAGGUGGUUGAGCAUUCACUCGACAGGUUCUGUUUCGCGCAGUUGUAUUGCUAUGAUUAUUGUGUUUAUAUAUUAAUCGCUCGUUGUUC